AUGUGGUGGUUCUUCAGCGUCGUGCUGAGCUCCGUCUUCCUCUUCAGCAUCGUCCUCUCCAUCCCCGUCGUCUUCGAUGUCGGCGGUCGCGACAGCGGGCUGGCCUACAGCCUCUCGCUCUUCAUCUACUACCUCGCCUACUCGGCCAUCCGUCUCGUGACCCCCGACCGCUCCCGCGCCGGCUGGGCCGUCUCCACCACCCUGCGGUUGUCGCAGUGGAUCGUCCUCCCGAGCCUCAUGAUCUGGGCCCUCGGCCAGUUUGCCGUCGAUGCCGGCACCACCAACUGGGUCGAGCGGACGCUGGGCGGGCUCUUGCACUCCAAGAGCACGAGCUGGUCCGAGUGGGUCUUUGGCAAGGACGGCCUGCUCGAGACCGUGCUGCUCGGCACCUGGGACAAGGUGCUGCGCUACUCGGGGCCCGGCUUCCAGCUGCUCGAGGGCUUUUGCACCCUGCUCGUCAUCCAGGCCGUCGGCCAGAUUACGCGCUGGCUUGUCAACCGCGGGCGGAGCGACACCUGGGUCAUCAUCCUGCUCGCCUUCUCUGGCUCCAUCAUUGCGAGCGCCGUCUACUUUCUCUGGCGGGUCGCCCAGUUCCCCCAGAUUAGCAACAUCGACGCCACUCUCAUUGGCGCGACCAUGACCACGGCCGUCUUUCUGUGCGCCUACGGCAUCGGCAGCGGGCGCGGGAGUCCCGUCGAGAGCUCGCUUCUGUUUGCCUACGUCGUGCUCUGCGUCUACCAGAUAUUCACCGACUAUCUGCCCUCGGACGGCACGAGCGGCGCCGACGAGGGAGCCACGCAGCCCGAAAUCCCCCCGCUGCCGCCCAUCAUCAUGGCCUCGUACUCGACGCUGCUCCACAUCCUGGGGUCGCUCCCAUCUGCCAUCCACUCCUCCCUCACGCUCCUCUACGCCGCCUUCCAGACCAUCACGCCGUCCGUCAUCAUCUCUCUCGCGUACCGCCUGCUCGUCUUCUACUCGGCGACACGCAUCAUCCCGUCGGUGCGUGACCUGGGUGCGCGCGCGCUGAUGCAGGAGCCGGAUCUGGAGGACUCCGAGACGGCCAACAAGGUGCUCGGCAUCCUCAGCUGGUUCUCGCCAUCCAUCCUGGUGGCCGUGUACACGAGCCUUCUGCUGCAGCACUUUUCCACAAGCGACGGCCCCGACGGCUGGACGCUCCGCGGUGGCGACGUGGGCGGCAGCACCUGGCGCUGGAUCAACGUCGGCCUUACCAUGGUCCUCUACGGGGUCGAGUUAUAUCUCGGCACCGAUGACCAGGACCACUGGAAGGUGGACUAG